CUCAUCCAUAGUUCCACUCCAAAUAAGAAGACAGGAAACAACACAAUGCUCAUCUCCUUCUAAAAGGGCACUGAAUGAUGUGAAAUGAAUUCAUUUAUCAAUUCUAAGAACUGUAGUCCAACGACAAAUUCGCCAUUGAUCAAGCAAUCUUCCAUAUACGCAUUGACUUUGGAUGAACUACAAAACACAUUGGGUGGAUCUGGGAAGGAUUUCGGAUCAAUGAACAUGGAUGAGCUUUUGAAGAACAUCGGGACUGCUGAAGAGAUUCAAUCAAUGACAUCAAACUUCGAUUUGGACAUAAAUGUGAGUUUACAAAAGCAAGAAUCUUUGACUUUAUCAAGAACCAUUAGCCAGAAAACAGUGGAUGAAGUUUGGAGAGAUUUGGUUCAAGAAAAUGUUGGAUUCAAAGAUGCGGAUUGCGUCAAAAAACCAAAUUUUCAACCACAAGAAAAACAACCAACUUUCGGUGGAAUGACACUCGAGGAAUUCUUGAAGAGGGCAGGGGCAGUUUCGGAAAAUAACCAAACUCAAGGGUACAAAAUUAACAUGAUUCAGAAUCAAGGGUUUCAUCAAGAAGAAUUCUUUUCAGAGAGUAGAAAUGAAGUUGACAAUUUGCAGGGUGUUACAUCUUCAAAACUAUCAAACCCACAGAAGAAUCUCCCAAAAGUAGCUUCUUUCAGCUCCAGCUCUUCGAUAAAUUUAGUGAAUAAUGCUCAGAUGGGUAGUCGUGAAAAUGGAGUUUCUAUAAAUGGAAUGACUGAUCUUCCAAUAAAGACUGAUUAUCCGUUGGAUUUGUACCAAAAUGGUAAUUUGGAUACAUCUCCAUCACCACCACCGUGUUAUGGUGGUGGUCAUAAAAGGAAAAAGAGUGAUACGUUGGAGAGAAAGGUGGAGAGAAGGCAGAAGAGGAUGAUUAAUAAUAGAGAAUCUGCUGCAAGAUCAAGGGCUCGAAAACAGGCGUAUACGAUGGAAUUGGAAGCAGAAAUCGCACACCUCAAAGAAGAGUUGCAAAAAAAGCAGGAAGAAAUCAUCGAGUUGCAGAAUUUUCAGAUAUCGGAGAAUAUGAAGUUGUGUAGAGGUGGAAAAUUAUGCUUACGAAGAACGAAGACAGGACCUUGGUAGAUAAAUCAACCAUGAACCACCAUUAUAAUAUGGUGAAUAUUAAAAUAAAAAGGCUAUGUUUUUAAAGAUCUAGUAGAAAUGACCAAUUCUGAAGCAACUUGAAGCUUUUUAACUGUGAGUUAAGCAUCAAGAAGCAGAUUUGGUCAUUUCUGCUUCAGACAUAAAGAGUUUAGUGUUUAGUGUGUGUAUGUACAUGUGCUGUGUUUCUACGUACGGAUUCUAUGGAUGUGUUUGUGUAUGUAUCAAGAAGGUAGAACUUAAGGAUGUAUAGUUAUUUUGGGCACCAUAGGUAUAAUAUAUUUUGGCCGGGUUUUUAUAGUUUGAUCCAUCAUGAUGUUGUAAAUGCCUUUGACAUGUAUUGAAUUAAAAUU